AUGUCGCAAGAGCCGCUUUUCUUCGACAAAACCGGUCAUCUUGAAUUUGGGCCCGACGAUGUCGAUAACCCAAAGAACUACUCGCUCAAGCGUAAAUGCUAUGUCACGGGCAUAGCAAUUUUGCUGGUAAUGAACGCGACGUUUGCAUCAAGUGCACCGUCGGGUUCGUUCCAAAGCGUCAGCGAAGACCUAAAGGUCUCCGCCGAAGCGGCAGGUCUCGUGACAACGCUGUUUCUGGUGGGUUACUGUGCCGGACCGCUGUUUUGGGCGCCGUUGUCCGAGUUUUACGGACGCCGUAACAUUUUCUGGAUCUCGUUCGCACUUUACCUUGCGUUUGGGUUCCUGUGUGCGUUUGCGCCCAAUUUCGGAGCACUGCUCGCGGGCCGUUUCCUGACAGGCGCGGCGGCCAGUGCUGCGCUGACGAAUGCACCGGGAAUUUUAGCAGACGUGUGGGGUGCGGUGGGUCGCGGUAAUGCAAUGGUUUUGUUUGCCACGAUGACCUUUGUAGGGCCAGCGUUGGGACCCGUGGUCAGCGGCUUUUUGCAAGUGACCAAAAACUGGCGCUGGACCUUCUAUGUCUUGUUGUGGAUGGCUGGCUUGACUCAAUUGCUGCUCCUGACGCUACCAGAGACUUUGCCGGCAAUGGCUCUGCGGAACAAAGCCCGCCGUGUGCGUCGCACUACUGAGAACGACAGCGUUAGGGCGCCCGUUGAGGACUCGGAUCGUUCGCUCGGUGGUGUCUUCAAAAUCGCUUUGACAAGGCCCUGGAAACUCCUGGUAGACCCAAUUAGCUUCCUAGUUUCCAUCUACUAUGCCCUCGUGUACACGCUGCUUUACAUGCUCUUCAGCAUCUACCCGAUCGUGUUCCAGCAGAAACGUCAAUGGAACGCUGGCAUCGGAGAGUUGCCAUUGAUCGGCACGGUUGUAGGUGCAUGCAUUGGUGGACUACUGCUGUUCGUUAACACGCAAAUACGGCAACGGAGAUUCGCACAUGGAAGAACACCGGUGCCCGAAGACCGACUACCCGGGGCAAUGGUUGGCGCGGUCAUGUUUGCGGUAACGAUAUUCUGGUUCGCUUGGACAGCAGAGUACGAUUCCAUCCCUUGGGCAGUGCCCACAGUUGCGGGCACGUUUCUGGCAACUUCAAUUCUGCUCAUCUUUGUCACUUUCAUCAACUACAUCAUCGACACCUAUCUGAUGUACGCGGCGUCGGCCGUCGCAGCUAACACAGUGCUGAGAUCUGCUUGUGCGGCGUCAUCGCCGCUGUUUACCCAGUAUAUGUUCGACGCAAUGGGUGUCGGCGGUGCUGGCUCACUCAUUGGCGGUCUGGGAGUGCUUCUGAUGCCCAUGCCGUUCGUAUUCUAUAAGUAUGGCGCCUUGAUUCGGGCAAAAUCCAAGUUUGCAUCCACAGAAGAGACUCGUAAUCCGCCUGCCGACGAGGAAAGCUUACCAAAAAGCCUAACGAUGAAUUCGGUUUCAAACACCAAUAAUGAACCCCUCGAUGAACGGAAUUAG